CGGGGUCCCCGCUUGCUGAGCGGGCAGGGGUGCGGGCCGAGGGCUGGGCGGCCCCUGGGAUGCAGACGGGGAAGCAGGGCCCCCCUUCGCUGGGCAUCUGCCCCCAGCGGCCUGGCUCCCUCCUAUCUGGUCGCGAUGGUGGGAGGCAGGGCAGCCUCCACGGUUCCCUGGAGGGAAAGGCCGCAGGGCCUGGAGCCGGCCCGUGAGAGCGAGGGGUCCCCGGUGUCUCCUGUACCCCUCCCAGCGGACCUCCGCUCACCAGCACCGUCUCCCUCUCCCCUCAGCAUCAUCAGCUGGUUCGUCCGGUCCUUCAAGUACCUGUACGGCCUCCGCUUCGACGUGAAGGGCCGCCAGCGGCUGUGGGUGGACCGGCCCUGCGUCAUCGUGUCCAAUCACCAGAGCAUCCUGGACAUGAUGGGCCUCAUGGAGGUCCUGCCCCCACGCUGCGUGCAGAUCGCCAAGCGGGAGCUGCUGUUCACGGGCUCCGUGGGCCUGAUCAUGUACCUGGGGGGCGUCUUCUUCAUCAACCGGCAGCGCUCCAGCACCGCCAUGAGCGUGAUGGCCGACGUGGGCGAGCUCAUGAUCCGCGAGAACCUCAAAGUGUGGAUUUACCCCGAGGGCACGCGGAACGACAACGGCGACCUGCUGCCCUUUAAGAAAGGCGCCUUCUACCUGGCGGUCCAGGCCCAGGUGCCCAUCGUCCCCGUGGUGUACUCCAGCUUCUCCUCCUUCUACAACCCCAGGACGAAGCUCUUCACCUCAGGUAGCGCCUGCUCACGCGGCCUGUGCCCGCUGCGCCCGGCCCCUCCCAGAGGACAGUUCCCACUGCCGGGCUGCUGUGGCCAGACCCUGCCGCACAGUGACCACUGGGGCGGGGAGGGACGGGGGGCAGAAGCUGGAGUCCUGGCAGGGCCUGGGGUGAGUGGUCCUGGGCCACGUCCUAGUGAGGGAACCGAGGCCCCAGCAGGUGGGUUGGGUCCAAGUUCACACACACAGGCCCAGGCUGUGCACACAGUUCGGGGCUCAGCGGGGGCAGCUCCUGGCGGAGGGGGCUUCCGGGCCAGGCCCCACCCCCAGGGCAGGAGCCUCCAGGCACCCCCACACCACAGGCCUCAGAGCUGGGGGCCUCUGCCCUUUGCAGCGGCAGGGGGGAAUUUACCUCUGGUGGGGGUCGGGGCCACCCUGUCGGCAGCGGGGCCGUGCCCCUCCCAACACUGGCACCAGUAG